UAUCCGAGAGACGUGGCAAGGACUCCACACCCGUGUUCUCUGUACUUGGUGUUAUCCCAAGUGGCCCUGGCUGAGCUACUUGCACACAUCCAUCGCAGCACUUGCAUGUGAGCAUCAGAGAACCAGUGAAUAAAAUUCAAGAGAGAAUGAGUGUGAAUGAAUGACUUUAUUUUGUUGAAAAUCAAGUCACCUAUUCAGCACAUCGCCCUGAGGUUUCUGCACGGGCAGACGGGGAUGCCCCAGCACUGCUGGGCUCUCUUGGGACGCUUCCCUCUCUCCAAGGUGUGGGGAGCAGGGCUGGAGGAGCAGGGACCUCAGCAAGGGACCCUCAAGUACCCAGAGGCGUGAAUGUCGGGGUCCUGCCGUUCACCCCAAAAUGGUGCUGCAGGCAGAGAUGACAGCAGGAGUGAGAAGAGCCGAGCAGGACAGAGCGGCCGCUGGAUUGCUUGCUGCUGUUGCAGUGUCUAAUAUUAGCCACAGGUCGUCUACUUUAGGAGCCCUGUCAAGAAGAACAGCGAUCCCCAUUUCUGUCUGUAAUCCCCCGGAGCAGCGGCCUUUGAGGUCUGUAACAUGAAUCCUGCCAGGCUGAGCAGGGGACACAAAACGGCUCUUGGCUGCUUUGGUCUGGACUUAAAAUAGGAACAAAGCUGCUCCCGUGUGCGUCCCUGCAGAGCUGGGGGCUGGGGAGGGGGCUGUGCGGCGGCCGGGAGCGUCACAGCGUCUGCGUCUCCCUUUGUGCUGUUACACUCGCCAAGCUGAACUUGAGCACAAGCUGCUGAACUUGAGCACAAGCUGCUGAACUUUGGCACCAGGAAAUAAGCCACUUUCUCUGGAUCCCCGGGGCUGGAAGGACACCCAAGGACAACCAAGUUGGGCUGAUAGACGGCAAAAAAGUGUGCGAGUGAAGUGGCAGCAAAGCAGGUUCCUGUUGCAGAGGCCAGUAAGAACUCGGUGCCAUGAAUCCAGACAUUGCCAGGAUGGCACGAGCUCUGUACCGGUGGCUGUGGCAGCACGAGUUCUGGCUGCCCCCCGGGAUCACCUGGGAGGACAUGCAGGAGACCGAGGACACGCGCUACCCCCAGCCUCGCGACCUCCUGCUCAGCAUCCCCUUCGCCAUCCUCUUGGUUGCCAUUCGCUACGCUUUUGAAAGAGCCGUAGCCCUGCCCCUCAGCAGCAAACUGGGUGUGAGAGACAAGCAGAGACCAAAAGCUCAGCCCAACCCUGUGCUUGAAACAUUCUACACUACGUGCUGCAAGAACCCUAAAGAGAGCGAGCUCAUCGGUUUAGCCAAACAGAGCGACCUGCCCGUCAGGAAGGUGGAGAGAUGGUUCCGGCGCCGCAGGAACGCAGACCGGCCCAGCCUGUCCAAGAAGUUCUGCGAGGCCUGCUGGAGGUUUCUGUUUUACAUCACGGCGUUCUUCACUGGCCUGGCUGUCCUGUACGACAAGCCUUGGUUUUGGGACCACAGAGAGUGCUGGACGGGGUAUCCACAACAGCCUCUCCAGCCCUCGCUGUUCUGGUACUACCUGCUGGAACUCUCCUUCUACUGGUCCCUGGUCUUCACGCUGCCCUUCGACGUGAAGAGGAAGGACUUCAAGGAGCAGAUAGUCCAUCACGCUGCUACCAUCUUCCUCAUCAGUUUCUCAUACUGUGCCAAUUACAUCCGCAUCGGGACGCUGGUGCUGGUGAUUCACGAUGCCGCCGAUUGCUUCCUAGAGCCAACUAAGAUAUUCAAUUACAUGAAGUGGAAAAAAACUUGCGACAGCCUCUUUAUGAUCUUCUCCGCUGUUUUCCUCAUCAGCCGCCUGGUCGUUUUCCCCUACACAGUGCUCUAUAACACCUACUAUUACUCCAUGGAGAUAUUCCAACCCUUCUUUGGAUACUACUUUGUGAAUACUCUCCUGAUCAUUCUGCAGCUGCUCCAUGUCUUCUGGUCCUGCCUGAUUAUUCGCAUGGUCUACAAGUUCGUCCUCCAGGGCACGAUGGAGAAGGACAUGAGGAGCGACACCGAAGAAAGCGACAAGGAUGAAGAAAGAGAAAAGAUUAAGGAAAAGGAGAAAAACGGGGUGGCGUAUUUCAGCAACGUCACAAGCAACAAUUACAUCCAGCGCAACGGGUCUGAGCCACUGGACAACAGAACCCACCUCAGCAACGGCCACGUCAAGGAGCGGUAGCCACUGCUCACCUGCGGCGGGGCUGGGCUGCGACGGAGCCAGCCCACCGGCUUUAGAAACAGUUUUGCUCAUUGUGUAGAUAAAACGGAGUGCGUUUGCAGUAUCAUAGCUGAAUUCCUGCUUCCUGUACACAGAAGUGUUCAUAGUCGGUGAUAUCGGAAGGAAGUUUUUGGCCUUUCUUCAAUAAAAUCUUACUAUAGGUUGUAGCCUUGAAGCGGAUAGAAAGGGAUCAAAGUGGUUUGACUUGUAUUAGACUGUACCAUAGUUCCUGUUCAAUGCGUUAAUCUUGAAAAAUUCUUUAAAAAACAAGUGUAUAAAGUCUGGCAGUGUCAAGUCUUAACCACCUCAUGUUGUUUGAUAGGAAUCUGUUUAGCCUUGAUCAGCCUUUGGGGGCCCUGGCCCCUUGCCACUGAUGAUUAUGGCUGGUAAGUGUGACACUCAAUACGGGGACACCUCUUUUGAGAAGACAUACCCCAUACACUCAGAAAAUUACAACUGAAUAUAGUGGAAUGAAAGCUUUGCAAGACAUAGGAGAAUAUGUUUUCUUCUCAAAGGAGAUUCUGCUGUGUGCCAUGUCACAGUUUUGUAACGGUGUGGAUCUCUGUCCCUUCUGUUGUCAGCAUUAUUGCCACAGAGGUGGGAACUCCAAAGGCUGGAGAAAACCCACCCACCCAAAUCAGAGCUGGAAGAGCUGGGAAAUCCAGGCAGCCGUGCCUCAGGUGUCAGGUAAUCCUUUAAACCUGCCUCGGAGGGAAGUGUGGUCAGCGGGAGGUGACGAGGAACUAGAUAAUCUAGAAUACAACAGUGAUUAGUGCUCCUGUUUUCGCCUGGUGUGAUUGGCACAGUGGGAAACGGUUACAGAGCGAACUUGUGGCAAGAAGGGAGAACAUUUCCUCUGUCCUCAGAGGAGAAAGGAUCCAGAAGAGGUCUGCUGAACCUUAUGGAAUAUUGCUUUAACACGGCCUUCGAACUUGAGGGUCUUUGCCUGGACGCAUCAGGAAUGGCAGGUUUAAAGCAGUAGUCCAUGAAGUUAUGAUGCAGUUCUGGUUCCGUUUGUCCACAUGUCCUGUGUCUUAUGUCCUGUCUUAGACUUUGGAUGCUGUAAUCCCUUAAAAGAGUUAAAUUAGCGUGACACGUUCCUGUUCUACUGAUCAGUUAUUCUAUGAAAUCAAAGCGUUGACAGAUCCGCUGUGGGGAGUGCGGGGACUCCCACUGCCAGGGCCGUGCGGACACUUCCCUGGUUGUGCCAGCGCUAACUGGGAGGAACAUGGACCAAGGAAGCGCCUGAUUUGAGGAGGUUGUGCACACGUCUAAGAUUCAAAAGGCAGGUGACAGCGUAGAAGGACCAGAGGGUUUUCAGGGCUCCACUCCGGUGAGCUGAGACUGAGCUUUGAUCUGAGCUGGUAUGUGUUUAUCUCAGGUUUCAGGCAAAAUACUUGGGAUGGUUUCAGAGGGGCUGAUCCCAGGGCAGUAACGCGCUCUGGGGCGAGAGCCUCUGCUCCUGCAUCGUCCUUUAAAUUCUUAUUUGCUGAAGAUAGUUUGUCUCUGAAACCUGGAGCUAAUUUGAGGUUUGGAGUGUAUCUUCUGUAUCCUGCCAUGUGCCUUUAAUCCGAGUCUACAGCCUCACUGCUGCUCUGCGGGUGACGUGUUCCGGAGGGAUGGUUAUAUAUCGUUUUGUACUACUGAAUGGAAACUUUCUUUAUAAAUUACUUUUGAGAGA